CAAGAACUUAAGGCUGCUGCAGACAGUGUCUUAUCUGAAGUACGGAAGAAACAAGCAGACACAAAGAGGAUGGUGGACGUCCUGUGUGCGUUAGAAAAGCUCCGGAAACUGAGAAAAGAGGCUGCUGGCAGAAAAGGUGUUUGUCCUCCCCCCUCAGCAGAUGAAGCAUUUGAAAACCAGGUGGAGAGUCUCAAAACGUUGCUCAAAAAUCGCACAGAGCUGUAUGAAGCUGAGGAGAGAGCGUUGAGAGUUAUGUUGGAGGGAGAACAGGAGGAAGAAAGGAAGAGAGAGAUGGAAAAGAAACAGAAGAAGGAAAGGGAAAAACUACUACAGCAGAAACUGGAAAUUGAUUCCAAACUGUUUGGGGAUCCAGAUGAAUUUCCUCUAGCCCACCUAUUGCAGCCCUUCAGAGAGUAUUACUUACAAGCUGAGCAUUCUGUAGCAGCUCUAAUCCAAAUCAGGCACGAAUGGGAUCAGUACUUGGUGCCAGCUGAUCACCCUGAAGGAAGCUGCAUCCCUCCAGGAUGGGUUCUUCCAAGUCACCCCACAAAUGACACUUGGGCCACAGCUGUCAGAUAAUUUAGUAAUAAAUUAUUUCAACAUCGAAGGAAUGUUUCGUUAUAAUCGCGAGUGUGAACAUGAGAGGGUCUGACAA